AUGAAAUGUGACUCGGUUUGUCAGAUAUGUGGACUAGAAGGUGAGUCUAUCAAUCAUGUCCUCUUCUCAUGUACGUUGGCGUGCCAAGUAUGGGCUAUCUCAGGCUUUCCUUCUCCACAAGGUGGUUUUGAUGACUCUUCAGUUUGGACAAACAUGAGUUAUCUUUUUGCCACAUGGAGGACUAAAGUAGAGAUUCAAUGGCUGACCAAUCAGUUCCCUUGGGUACUGUGGUAUCUAUGGAAGAACAGGAACUCUCUGUUUUUUGAAGGGAUCUUAUAUGAUGGGGAGCAAACGUGCUCUAAAGCUAAGGAAGAAGCGCAGCUUUGGUGUCUUGCACAGGAGAUAGAGCAAAACGGAGUAAUGGAGACUCAUCACAGACCUUCUCUUGAUCAGGAAUGGCGCCCACCACCGGAUGGUGUCCUCAAAUGCAAUAUAGGAAUGAGGUGGGCGAAAAGGAAGAAGGAACUAGGUGCUGCGUGGGUGCUAAGAGACUCGAGAGGUGAGGUUUUGUUACACAGCCGGCAUUCUUUUGCUGAUGUGUUGACAAAAGAUGAAGCCCACUUCUUGAGCUUAGCGUGGGCAGUGGAGAGUAUGUUAAGCCACAACUGCAGAAGCGUUUACUUUUACUCUGAAGGUAGUUUGUCGAUUAAUGCUAUUAACCGUCGUAGGGCUUAG